AUGAAAAGCUAUGAGUCGAUAUUGGCUUUUUUAAGCAGUCGUCGAAUCAGUCGACUGUCGUUAUCAAGUUUUCAGCCGGUGAUUUAUUCAAGGCGUACAUCAAUAUUUAUUUCGUUUUUAUCAAUUUUUUCCUUGCUUUCAUCAGUCGCCGCUGUCCAACAACAAGUUGUCAAUCAACAAGAACAACGGGCUCCACCCUUUUCUUCCAUUAUAACGACAAAUGGAACAACAACAACAACAACAACAAUGUUUGAUAAUUCUCGACGGCGAAUAGAUGCAACAGUAUCUAUUUUAUCGUCAACAAUACUGUCAACAACAGUACUCAACAAUGAACUUAUUAAUAGCACAAAUAUUUCAGGAUAUCAUGAAGAAGAAAGUCGUACUAAGGCUCAAAUAAUUAUAAUUCUUAGUGUUUGUUCAUUAAUGUGUCUUGUGACAAUUGUCGGAAAUCUUGUUGUUAUACUUGCUGUUUGUCUUGUACGAAAAUUACAAACAGCAUCCAAUAUAUUAAUUGUUAGUCUUGCUGUUAGUGACAUUUUAGUCGGUUUAUUUAUCAUGCCAUUAGCUAUGGUGCUUGAAAUAUCAAAUUACAGAUGGCUUUUAGGUUCAAUCAUGUGUGACUUAUGGACAUCAACUGAUGUUCUCUUGUGUACUUCAUCAAUAUUGAAUUUUCUUGUUAUUUCAAUCGAUCGUUAUUGUAUUAUUAAUCAUCCAUUUAAAUAUGCUCCAAUGCGUAAAGUUAAAUUACUUUCAUUAAUGAUAGCCGGUGUUUGGAUACUCAGUGCACUUGUUUCAUUACCACCUAUUUUAGGUUGGGGACGUCCAUCUGAGAACCUACCUAUUUGCCAAGUAAAUCCUAAAUUACACUAUCAAGUAUUUGCAACGAUGCUUUCAUUUUACAUUCCCCUUAUUGCUGUACUGAUUAUCUAUGCUAAUAUUUAUCGAACAGCUCGAACAGCUAUGGAUUCUCGAUCAAGUGUUCAAAUGUCUCAAUUUUUAACCAGUAAUAGUACAUCGACAAGCAUUGGACAAACAGCCGCUUUGCUAUCACAACAGCAAUUAAAUGGAAAUAGUUGUUCAUCUCCGCAAUUAUUUUUAAAUGUAUCUCAUUCAAAUCUAAAUGAAGAACAAUCAUUAACAGCAGGUGGAAAACGAAUAUCGAAACGUUCAGAAAACAGUCCAACACAGGGAUCAAAAUCACCACGUCUUUUAUCUCCAGCACGAUGUUUAGGUCGUCGCUUAAGUCAACCAUUCAAUGGUCGUUUAUCCGUAUUUGUUCAACGUCGUUAUUCAAUAUUUCGCCAUGUUCAUUUACCAAAUCAAAAAGCGAUACGUACACUUGGUGUUAUUUUAGGAACAUUUAUAGUCUGCUGGCUUCCAUUUAUGUCGUUUGCAAUAAUAAAACCUCUACAUGAAUAUAUAACAGGUCUAUCAGGUCCAGCAAGAGCAUUAAAUGCACCACCGUGGCUUGAUUCAGUUUUAUUAUGGUUUGGUUAUUCAGCAUCAAUGUUAAACCCAUUAAUUUAUUCCAAAUUUAAUCGAGAAUUUCGAAUACCAUUUCGUGAAAUAAUCUGUUGUCGUUGUAAAGGUUUAAAUGAAAAAGUUCGACGGCAAGAAUAUUUAGAAAAUACUUAUGGAGAAAAUCAAUUACAAUUGCCAAUACCAACAAAUAUGACACCUUCUAAAAGAAAUAGCGGCAAUCCUAAAGCAGCCGUGUGA